AUACUUGUGCGUGCCUUGUCGUCGUGAAGUGAACUCGUGAAGUUUGUUUCCGUCCGUUGAGAAAUAUUUGGUGAAAUAUACGUACCAUGCAGUUAUGCUUUCUCAGUAACUUUUUAUAAAUUUUAAUAUGAUGCAUUUCGAUUUACAAUUACGAAAAGUGUGAUUAUAAUAGCGGUGUCGUUUACAGAAGUGCCUUGAAAAAGUUUUACAACGAAUUCUUAAGUUGUUAAAGUGUUGUUGUUCUGUUGUAACUGUUUUAUAAUGUGUGAAUAAGGCUUCCAAGUGUUUUGAUAAGAGGAUUGUUGCAAUUCAAAGAUAGCAUGGCGUAGAUAACGACAACGCCAACUGCUGUCUGACGGCGUCGAUAUUCUUUCUAACGCACCUAACGCUGACUUGAUGCGGUGACACGAUGGAUGCGGCGGACAAGCGCAUGCUGGAGCGUGAGGCGCUCCGCAACAUGAUCCAACAGUGGAACGCCAACCGGCUCGAUCUGUUCGAGCUGAGCGAGCCCAACGAGAAUUUGGAGUUUCAUGGGGUUAUGCGGUUUUAUUUCCAAGAUUCGGGGCAGAAGAUAGCGACGAAGUGUAUUCGUGUUGCGUCCGACGCCACCGUCAGUGAUGUCAUAGAAACCCUGAUCGAGAAGUUCCGCCCAGACAUGCGAAUGCUGUCGCUCGGCUCGUACUCUCUGUGGGAGACGCACGGGCCCGACGACGAGCGACGACUCGAGCCGCACGAGAAACCGUUGCUGGUGCAGUUGAACUGGCACGCGGAUGACCGCGAGGGACGGUUCCUGCUCAAAUGCACUACUAAUGCUGACAAUUCCCUGUCGUCGGUCAACGAAAAGGGUGACCAGAACUUCAAGCGGAAAUUGUCCAAACGCGAAAAGAAAGAACUCAAGAAGAAGGAGAAACUAUCCAGACUGAAGUCCGACUCGAACAACGAGAACAGACCUGUUGCUGAGAAACUUUACACAGAGCUGCCGGAGACGUCUUUCACACGCAGCAUCAGCAACCCCGAGGCCGUGAUGCGGCGGCGCCGGCAGCAAAAGCUGGAGCGGAAACUGCAGCAGUUCCGCUCCAAAGAUGGCGGCCCCGACACCGGCGGCACGUUGAAAAUAUACGGUUCGUCGCUAUGCCCCGACGUGCCGUACAAGACACUGCUCCUGUCCGUCGGCGACACGGCGGCGGGCGUCGUCCGCGAGAUGCUCGACAAGUACGGACUGUCGCGACACGACCCUCAACACUUCUGCAUCAUUCAGGUGGACACAACAGACAACUCCGAAAGUAUCCUCGAGGACGACGAGUGCCCGCUUGCCAUCGUGAUGACACACCCACACCGCAGCUCCAUCAUGUUCCACGUGCGGCGGCGGCCGGCGGACUCGCAGCCGCGACGGCGCAAGAAGAAGACCGCCGGCUGCGGGGCGGGCUGCGGCGCGGGCGGCAGCAGCGCGCGGCCUGGCUGCGAGCCCGUGCUCGUCGAGGUGGCGCCCGACGGCUCCUCGCUCGAGAACGGCCGCCGCGUGCGCAUCACCGGCGACAUGCUCGAGGUGGGGUCGGGCAACGGUACGGCGCUCCAACUGUACGGGCCGUCGAUCCAGCCGCGGCACUGCGUGGUGGCGGCGGGCGAGGCGGGCGGCUACGUGGUGACGCCGCUGCAUGCCGACGCGCACGUGUAUGUCAACGGGCGCCGCGCGAUCGCACCGCACUCGUUGCCGCUGCAGCACGGCUGUUUACUGAAAUUCGGCCGAGUGUCGACAUUCCGAUUCGUGGACCCGAACCAAGAGAACAUUCUCAACCGAAACCUUUCGCAGUCGCAACACUUCGGCUCCGGCUCCAUAUACGACAGGUCGCCAGAGGGCGGGCGCGCUCUGUCCGGCGCCAUGUCGCCGACGUCCGUGGACGACGCACCGCACGCCGACGACUACCGCCCCAUGAGCCCCGACCGCGCCUACUCACCCUACCGCGACGCCAACGACACCCUCACGCCCUACAACAACAACACGCUCAAACUCGACAACGACUCCGUCGUGUCGCACCUCAACGACUCCAAGGAGGAUUACCUGCGCGACGACCACACGCCCUCCAUCUACGACCAGGACCACUCGCAGAAUAGAACCAGCAACUCGCAGUAUAAGGACAACUACGAGACCACCUUCGAUCUAGACGGGAACGUCGAGACCAAAAGCAUUUGCAGCGCGAAAAGUGGAGGCUCUGGACACGACAACAGGAUGAGUGCGACAGUGGGCAGCGCGGCGCGGCCCGGCCAAGAGGCCAUCCUGCCGGCUGUGCUCGAGUUCCCCGAGGCGGGGCAGGCGCAGUUCCUCGCGGCCGUCAUCACGCGCCUCGACCCGCACGCGCCCGCCUUCAAGCUGGCGCCUGUCUACACGCUCUACCUCUGUGCCAGGUACCGCGCGUCGACGCACUACCGGCCCGAGCUCACGCCCACCGAGCGCGCGCACAAGCUCACAGCGUUCCUGCACCACGUCGCCACGCUCAUACACGCCACUGUGCAGGAACGAUGUACAGACUCCGCCGCGCAAGCAUUCUGGAUGGCGAACGCAAGCGAACUCCUACACUUUCUCAAAUGCGACCGACAUAUAUCGUCCUUCUCCACACAAGCGCAGGAAUUACUGCCCGCCACUGUGCAAAACGCCUUUAGCAACCUAGUGUCAUGCUUCCAAGAGGAGCUGUCCCGGGCUUUGGGCACGCUGACGAACCCCGCGCUGACGGACGCGACCGAGGCCACGGCGCCGACGCUGCAGGCGCUGGCCGCCGCCAUGGUGCUGCUGCGUCGCUGCCGCGUCAACGCCGCGCUCACCAUACAGCUGUUCUCGCACCUCUUCCACUACAUCAACGCCGUGUGCUUCAAUAAGUUGGUGACGGAGCCGGGCACGGUGUCUGCGCGCUGGGGCUCGGCGCUGGCGGCGCGCUUGGCGCUGCUGGCGGCGUGGGCGGAGCGGCAGGGGCUGGAGCUGCCUGCGGACUGCCAUCUCGCGCGCACACAUCAAGCCGCACGCUUGAUCAGCGGCACGUACCGUACGGCAGAGGAGGUGCGCGCGGCGCUGGCGGCCUGCUUCAAGCUGAACUCCGUGCAAGUGCGCGCGCUGCUGACGCCGCUGGCGCCGCCCGACGUGGCGGACGCGGCCGCGCACCACGCGCGCGCGCUGGCCGACGAGCUGUGCCGCGCCGACGGACGCGAGAUAACGCUAGAAGAGAGCACAUGGCUCGGCGUAGGGCUGCUGAUCCCCGGCGACGGUUUCAGCGCGGAAGUGGUCCGCGGCGUGCCGCCCGGGCUCGCGGAGUUCGUGGCGCCGCUGCAGCGCGGCGGGCUGUGCCGGCUCGCGCACCAGCCGCACGCGCGCGGCGUGUGGACCGUGUACAUGGCGGGAUACGGCGCCAUGCACAGGCGGCCGCCCGAUCCGGCCGUGCAUAUCAUACAGCUCAAUAAGAACUCCAAUGGAAUGGGGCUUAGCAUCGUUGCUGCCAAGGGUGCGGGUCAAAGCAAGUUAGGCAUCUACAUCAAGUCGGUGGUGCCGGGCGGCGCGGCGGCGGCCGACGGGCGGCUGGCGGCCGGCGACCAGCUGCUGUCCGUGGACGGCCAGUCGCUCGUCGGCAUCACGCAGGAGAAGGCGGCGGAGUACCUGGUGCGCACGGGUCCCACGGUGACGCUGGAGGUGGCCAAGCAGGGCGCCGUGCUGCACGGGCUGGCCACGCUGCUGCACCAGCCCGCUUACAACAACAAGCAGGGAUAUCGGCGUCCGUGUCACGACCGAUGUCACCUUCUCAGAGAUGAGUCUACGGAAUCUAGCACCUCGGAGAGCGAGGAGUGCCACCCGCACUACCACGGCUCCAUCCCGCGACUAAUCAUAACGUUAGACCGCGAAAACAAUCAGCUGCAGGAGGACCUGUCCCCAGACACGCCGGGCUGCCCGCUCGAGCUGAAGGGCCCCCCGCCGCCGCGCCCGAUCCCGAUAUUCACGUUCACGUGCGAGGACUUCGACGAGCAGCAGGCCGGCAGCGACACCACGUACGACAGCCACGUGCCGGAGCCGCCGCCGCCGCCGCCGCCGCCACCGCCAUCCUGCGAGCCCGAGUGCGAGCCCCCGCGCCUGCCGCCGCAGAUGCGGCCCAUCGACACGCGGCUCACGCUCGAGCUGUUCCGCGACGAGCGGCCGCAGUUUCGGCGCCGCUGCACCGUGCCCGACGAGUGCGUCAGCGCGUGCGAGUGCUGCCGCACGCCGCAGCCCGAGGCGCCCCAGAUACCCUACAUCGACGAGCCCGCCUUCGAACCGUUCAUCUUCGAAGACGCGCGCGUCGCGACCCCCAAGACCCGCCGCAUCCUCCCCUCGAUGUCCCUCGACCGGCCCGACGACAAGCCCGAGACGGCCGACGCCGUCUGCCAGACUCCCUCCUCUCCCAUGGAUGUCGACGAGAAAUAUUUCCCCGCGCCCCCAACCCCGCAGAGCAGAAAGCUCGAGCUCAAAUUAGAUGUCAGUAAGGAUGCCACUAAAAUAGAAGAUAUACAUUGUAGGUUAAGAAGAGCGUUGUUCACUAUGUCCAAGUCAUAUUCUAGUAAAUCCGAGGGCGCCGCGGAACCCUCAAAUUCUACGUCAGAGUCGUUCGACGAGACGAUAAACUGUAAGAAUAUAUUCGGGAGAAGCAAUUUCCCGACUCCGGUGGAGACGGGGGCGAAGCAGGUUCUAGAUAGCGUCGAUCGUAAAUCGUGGAAGUCACCAAACGAGUAUCGCCCCGCCUUCGGUAGAGUUAAAGCUCUAACUAAACGAUUCAACGACAUCAACCUGCAAUACUGUGUCAAAAACUACAAGAGAAACUGCCAGUCGAGUCCUAAUCUUAGUUGUCGUAAUGAAAAAACUAUUAGAUCGAAAGAAAAUUUACCCGCUAGCUCUAGUUUAGUCGAUAUACAGUACGAGUCGUUAGUAACGGACAGCGAAACGAAGGGGGAGAAAAUGUCCGAAGACGAGGUGAAGAGCAUUCUGAUACAACUGGAGGACUGGUCGCGGUACGGGUCGCGGGGCAGCGAGGACACGCUCGCGCAGGGCAACGAGUUCGAGUUGCCCAACCUGCCCUCCGAGGAGCAUUCCGACAACAACGCCACCGCUUACGUAUUCAACGAGAUAAUAGAUAAAAAACCCAAAGUGAUCACGCUGGAGACCAUAAGACUGAAAUCGAACCAAUCGAGCGUCAACUCGGACACGAGACAGAGCAAAGAAUCGCUUAAAAGUAGCGCCGAAUCGAGUUCAAAAGCGCCUGUCGUCGAAGAUAUUUUACCGCAAAAGAGCUCUAUUUCGCUUUUGGACGUGUCUUGGGGCUUGUCGCGGCGGCAGUCGUGCUCGGCCGUGGUGCAGAGCUGCCCCAACAUCAGCAGCGGCAGCGCGUGCGCCGCGCUGCCCGCGCGCCACAGCUGCCCCGCCGUGGCCCCGUGUCCACUGGGUGCGGCGCGGCGCGCGUCGGAGCGCGACCUGCCGUCGCGGCUGGCGGCCGAGCCUGUCAAGCCCAGCAAGAGCACGCCCGCACUGCACCACGCCGACCCGCCCCCAGACCCGGCGCAGCCCCUGCCUCACAGCGCUAGCGUGGCCAACGUGAACCAGGUGGGCGCGCCGGGCGCGGCCGCGAGCGCCUGGGCCGGCAAGUCGCGCAGCAGCCACAACCUCGCGCAGCCCACCGACGGCUUCUACCAGAACCUGCCCGCGCACUCGCACCACAACCUGCACGACAGAUGGUCAUCGUUACGCAGUUCGACGGGUAGCAACCGGCCACAGUCGGCGCAUUACGCUCCCACGCCUCUCGACACAUCGCCCGAUUCGCCUCAACAACAUCAACAAAACCAAAUGAACGCCAUAAACGCGCGGUCGGCCAAACUAGCGGAAAUGUCCGAGGAAGUGACGCGGCGGCAGCAAAUGCAGUACCAACUGGCGCAGCAGAAGGCCGCCACGCUCCCGGCUCACACGCACCAGAACAUGAUGAGCCCCCAGCACGUGCACCCCAUGCACCAGCACCACUACCCCAACCACGUCAACAUGCCGCCUAUGUCACCGAACAUGCAACCUCCCAUGUCGCCGAACAUGCAACCGCCUAUGUCACCCAACAUGCAACAGCCGAUGUCGCCAAACAUGCAGCAGCCCAUGUCGCCAAACAUGCAACAGGGCAUGCAAGCGAUGCAGCAGAACAUGCAAGGGAAUAUGCACCAGCAACAUCAGCACAUGCAUGCCCCCGUGCAGAGCCCGCCGCCUCAGCAACUCUACCACAACCAGCAUCAGCCACAGCAGAGGUACGAGUGGCAUCCACCGGGGCCGCCGUCGCCGCAGCGCGCGCAGCCGCCGGUAGCACCUAAACCGGGAGCAAGACGACCAGAGUCUGAACUAGAAGAGCAGUAUAACCAACACAAUCAGCAACUGCAACAGAGUACGAUACAACCCGAUGACGAGCGGUACUUGGGUUCGGGUCUGGAGGCUCCCCCUUGCGCGGGCAGCGGGCCGGCGGGCGCGGCCGCGCACAACCCCUGGCAGCGCGAGGAGCGGGAGCGCCAGCAGGAGCAGCGCCGGGCCCAUGCACGCACGAGACGGGACGCAGCGAUAGCGUCACUAUUAGGUAUCGGCGCGGCGCGGACACCUGCGCAGAACCAGCAACUGCGCGCGCUACAGCUGGAGCGCGACUUCGAGCGGCGCGCCGCGCAGCACGCCGAGCAGCACGCCGAGCACAGCGCCACCGACGCCGACGCCGCCGAGUCCGACCCCGAGCCCGAGCCCGAGCGGCCCGACCCGCCGCCCGCGCCGCCCAAGUCCAUCCUCAAGACCAACCACACGCCGCGCACAGACCACACCAACGGAUACGCGCACGACACGAGUGAAGCGGGGCCGGACGCGGAGGGCGCGGAGGCGCUGGGCGCGCUGUCGCUGUCGCCGCCGCUGCCGCCGCUGUCGCCGCUGUCACCGCUGUCACCGCUGUCACCGCUGUCACCGCUGUCGCCGCCGCCGCCGCCGGAGCGCGGCUCGUCGUUCGCCGCCAUGGCCACGCGCGCGCGAGCGCUCGACCCGCCGCAACAAGCCGCGCCCCAGCCCGCUCAGGCGCACACCCCACAUUCCCCGCCGGGUGCGGGUGCGGGUGCGGGUGCGGGUGCGGGGCGCGACAAGCGCGUGUCGUUCCGCGAGCGCGCCGCGCCGCCCGCGCCGCCCGCCUGCUCGCCGCCGCCGCUGCACGACACGCCGCCAAGGGAGGACCCUGACCGCUUCAUCGAGGAGGCGGAGAACAUGCUGGCGGGCGGAGUGUCGCCGAGCACGCCGCCCGCCGCCGCCGUGCACACGCCGGGCGUCAUCGGCGCGCAGGAGGUCUACAGGGACCCGCGGCAGCGGCGGCUGGCGGAGAAGCAGGCGGCCACGAGCACGAGCGCGGCGCCGGUGCCGGAGCAGCUCUCCUUCAAGGAGAAGAUGAAGAUGUUCGCGCUGGAGGCCGGCGACCCCAACACGCCCAAGGACAAGGUGAAGAUAUCGCGCGCGCAGCGUGACAUCGACGCGGUGCACUGAGCGCAACAUGAUCCCGCCCGGCGUUCAUUAUUCAUACUUACUUACAUUUAUAAAUAUACAGUAUUAAACUGGGUACCUAUGCAACAUUAUUGUUGGCACGUUCACUUAAUUUCAAAGUUAUAAAGACGAAACUACCUAAACAACAUUAGACUUUGAAAGUGUCAAUAACCGAGUAAUUUACCCCGUAAAGAGUGCAGCUGCAGCGGCGUUUCGGCAGCUUGUCCCCAGCUGUGAUCCGGAGCUUUUACCGAUCGUGGUCUUGGACCCUGUAAGGCAUCUACGUUUGAUUGUUUCCCUAUUAUAUGUAUAGUCUAUUGUGUAUACUCCGUGAGACCACGUUUUGCCUUUAUCACAUGCAGCACCAAUUUACAUAUAGACUGAUAAGUAUCUUUUUACAAACGAAUAUAUUUUUAUGAUGAUAAUAAAUUUUGAUUGUUGUUUACAUACGUCGCCUUAGCAGCUAGUGCAAUGAUUAUUUAUAUAUCUACAUAGCAUAGACUUGUAUCAGAUGUUGUUAUAUUAAAUAUGAUUCCCACUUGCAGGUCACAACAGUACGAUUGUCAAACUUUUCAAUUUAUUUGUAAUGUUAUGUGACUGGCACUGUUGUGUCUGAUUAUUAUCAUUAUUCUGACUGCAAAUUAUAUGAAUUCUAUUGUUUAAAUCAAUUUCAACGAUUCUCAUUUUGGCAACUGUGUUGCUGUGGUCUGUAAGUUCAAUAUAUGUAUUUGGUUGAGAUCCAGGUCGACCUAUAUUUUGAUCAUGCACUCUUGUAAAUUUAUGGCACUUAAAAAUGAUGUCAAUUUCUGGAGAUUCAAAAUUUACUGGUGCCAUUAUAUUAUGUGAUUGAUUGUAACAUAGAAUGUAAUUCUCGGGUGGACCAAUAUUCAGUGUCGACGUCAGAAGGUGCCUUUUCGUGGACCUUAAUGAGCUACGUAGUAGUAUGAUUCUCAUAUCGGCUCCGCUGUCUAUUUUUAUUCAAUUUAUCUCUACCUACGAUUAAAGCUUCGUCACAUUCCAAAGAAUAUGUAUCUUAUUCUUUUAUUACUUUAAGAAUCAUUCCUAAUAAAUCUUUCUAAAAUUCAUUCAAUGUACAUGUGCGUGUGUAACACUAUAUCUAAUACAUUUCAUAUCAUGUGGAUAAAUUUAAUAUAUUCGAGUCUUCUAGUAUUCGAAUCUAACAAAAUGGAUCCAGUAUGUACUUUAAUUAUAAAGCAAUAAAUUAUUGUAAAGCCUUUGUGUAUAUACUUAAAUAAGAAUAAGCACAUGUUUGUGCCAAAAUUAAAUACUUAUGUGACAAAAUGAAGAGGAGAGUUAGUGUAAACAGCUACAGUAUCACCGUCCUCGUCACAACGAGCCCUCGCACGGCCGCCGCGCGCGCGCGAAACUGGAAGCUAUUUCUCGAUAUCCUUAUAAUUAAAAAACUCAUGGCACCAAUUUAUUAUGUACUAGUUAUGUAUAUAUUCCUAGGUAGGAAAGUCCCUAUGGUUACGUUAAGGUUUUUUGUACACCUGUUUGUAUAUGUAAAUGUUUAUUUAUAGAUGAUUAUAUAGAGAGUUUACAUAUGAAAUUAAGACGCGAGGCCUAUUGGAGUUAGAAUUAAUUUAGUUCCUGGGAAUCGUUUACAGUGUUCUCAGUAUUCACCCAACGAUAGUCAAUUAGCAAGAGAUUGAGAUUUAUUUGUAGAGGAGUUUUAUGUUUGUAGGCUGUACAUACGAUACACCCGAACAAGUAGCGACUACGACAGCUCCGAUAUACAUUUGUAAGGUUUUUAAGCGGAAUAAUUAUUACACAAAUCCAUUAAAGAUAAUCCAUCGUUAUUAUCAAUAAAAAUAAAAAUAAAAUUAUAUUGUUAUUAACCGUAAUUCUACUUGAAAAAGUAAUAAAAUAAAGUAACAUGUA